UAACCAAAUUUCUUAUUUGUGGUAAAGAGUUUUCUUUUUGGUUUUAAUGUUAAGAUUUUAUUCUAAAUACUAUAGAGUUUAUUAUCUUCUUCGCUACAACACACAUUUAUGUAAAAAAACCAAAAAUGGUGGUAAAAUGUACAAUGUCGAUGUCCUUUUUCGUCAUUUUCGCUUCAACUGUUACUAUCAUCGUUCAUGGUUUCCCUACGACGCUCGACGGUCCGCUUAACCCCGUGACUGCUCCACUCGACCCGAAUCUUAACCCGAUUGCAUUCGACUUGCCAGAAUCCGACCCGAGUUUCGUAAAACCCAAUCCGGAGUUUCUUCCCCAACAGAUCUCUGUCUCUCUCUCUUACAGCUUUGACUCCGUCUGGAUUUCUUGGGUCACAGGGGAUUACCAAAUUGGUGAAGAAGAUUCUGCACCUCUGGAUCCUAAUUGUGUGCAAAGCAUAGUCCAAUACCGUGAAUUCGAUGUCCGUAGUACUAUAAAUAAAAAUGCAACAGGCCAUUCUAUUGUUUAUACCCAACAGUAUCCUUCUGAGAAUGGUCUCAAGAACUAUACAUCAGGUAUCAUCCACCAUGUUCAACUCACAGGUCUUAAACCAAACACAUUGUAUCGAUACCGAUGUGGAGACCUGUCUUUAUCAGCAAUGAGCAAAGAGUAUUACUUCAGGACAAUGCCUAAGUCUACAUCAGAGAAUUACCCGCACAGAAUCGUUGUGGCUGGAGAUUUGGGUCUUACUUACAACACAUCAAUAGUUUUGACAAAGAUUCUGUCUAACCAUCCUGAUCUUGUGGUUUUAAUUGGAGGAUUCAGCUACGCGGAUACUUAUCUCGCGAAUAACACUAAACUAGAUUGUAGUUCUUGUCAUUGUGAGAAAAACGGAACCAGUUCUAAUUGUGGUUCUUGUUAUUCAAGUCGAGAAACUUAUCAGCCUCGCUGGGAUUAUUGGGGAAGGUUCAUGGAGCCACUUACAGCUAAUGUUCCAACCAUGAUGGUAGCAGGAGAGCACGAGAUUGAGCCGCAGACCGAUAAUAAUCUGACAUUCGCUGCAUACAGUUCAAGAUUUGCAUUCCCUUCAAACGAAAGCGGUUCUUUCUCACCAUUAUACUAUUCCUUCAACGCGGGAGGAGCUCAUUUCAUAGUCCUCAAUUCAUACACACCUAAUGAUAACUCAUCUGAUCAGUAUAUUUGGCUUGAAAGUGACCUGAGUAUCAUAAACAGAUCAGAAACUCCAUGGGUGGUUGCAACUUGGAGUCUUCCUUGGUACAGCACAUUCAAAGGGCAUUACAGAGAAGCUGAAUCCAUGAGGAUAAAUCUUGAAGACUUGCUCUAUAGCUACCGAGUCGAUAUCAUCUUCAAUAGUCAGGUUGAUGCAUAUGAGAGAUCAAACAGAGUCUACAACUACCUGUUAGACCAAUGUGGCCCGGUUUAUAUAACAACCGGUGCAGGAGGAGCUGGGAAGCUGGAGACUCAGCAUUUAGAUGACCCAGGAAACUGUCCAGAUCCUUCUCAGGACUACUCGUGCAGAUCCAGUGGCUUUAACUUCACGUUGGAGCCUGUAAACAAUGAGACUUGUCCGGUUAAGCAGCCGGAGUAUAGCGCAUACAGAGAGAGCAGCUUCGGUUUCGGUAUGCUAGAAGUGAAGAAUGAGACGCAUGCAUUGUGGAGCUGGAACCGGAAUCAAGACCUUUACUAUCUCGCCGCCGACGUAAUAUAUAUUGUACGUCAGCCUGAAAUGUGCCCGGUUUUCAACUAAACCAAGUAGUUAUAACGGUAGAGUUUAUAACGUUCUACAGUUUACGUAGCCAUUAUCUAUAGCUGAACGUAAAAAUAUACUUAACUUUUCAAACAAGGCAAAAUGUUAUAACUUUUUUUAACUCAAUUGUCAAGAGAGUCAAAUUCACCAGCACAAAUUGUGAAGAACGUCAAACCUAUCUUGACCUUUUAACUUGUAUUAUAGA